UGCCUGGCUUGGUUUGAUAUCAAGAUCGGGAAAAAAAUUGUCGGAUAUAUACUGAAGAAGCUUUACUUUUCAGUAAACUGAAAGUAAAUUGAGGAGCCCAAACUAAUUAAAGAUGCCAAGUGCAGAGGAAAUAUUAAAAGGGUUUAAACUCAAUUGGAUGAAUCUUAGAGAUGCUGAUAGUGGAAAGGUCCUUUGGCAAGGCAGUGAAGAUUUGUCUAAUCCUGGCGGUGAACAUGAAGCAAGAGUGCCGAAGAAAAUUUUGAAGUGCCGAGCUGUCUCAAGAGAGAUAAACUUUUCAUCUGAACAGGAAAUGCAGCAUUUUAGAUUAGAACAGAGAGUCAUGUUUAAAGGAAAAUGUCUAGAAGAAUGGUACUUUGAGUUUGGUUUUGUGAUUCCAUCCUCAACUAAUACAUGGCAGUCAAUCAUUGAAGCUGCACCUGAGAGUCAAAUGAUGCCAGCAAGUGUAUUAAAUGGGAAUGUUAUUAUAGAGACUUACUUCUAUGAUGGAGAUCUAUUAGUCAGUACAUCAAAGGUGCGGAUAUUCUACGUGUAAAACCCGCCACAGAGGAUUUAUGGACAACAUUAUUUGACUGCAUGGGCCUCAUUUUGUAAAGAUCUUUUGUAAAAGUAGCCGUCCAAGAGAUGCAGUGAAUGAGUGGUGAUAAAGGUUCCAGACCAAGUUGAACUAGGAAGGUUUGAAUGUGGAAUUCAGCUCAAGCUCUGCAUCUGUAUCUCUCUAGUCGCCAGAAGAGUGCUCAUGGAGAAUGGCCAACUGCAUGUCACAACAUCAUAAACACAGGCGUUUGAGACUUCUGUUUGAGGAACAAAUAACUUGAAAUCGUGUAAGAAGUGUUUGAUAGUUUCACAUAGAAUAUUUAGUUUUCUUUAUCAAACGUGUCUAUUAUUGGAGUUGGUUAUUAACGUUGUGCGUGAUAUCUGGUUAUUGUUGCUCAGUUAUGCUCAUUUAGGAAUGUUUUAGUCUUUCGAAAAGUAUUCGGCUUCGUGAUUGCGGCGGGCAGAAAAUGCAUGCUGACCUUGGUCUGCAGACUGGGGAUUUUCUCAAGAGUCAAUAGAAUUUACUAGGUUAUUAUCUUAAGAGACCUUCUCAGUAGUUGUUUUGUGGUUUGUUUUGACGAAAACUAAGGGAAUUAUUUUAGCAAUAUUGAUGAAUAAAUAUAUAUGUUAUGCCCAGCACUAUCAGUCCUCUUCGAAUCAAGAGGUUGGAAAAUGCAUACAAAAUGAAAUUGUGUGACAAACCAUAAAAACCAAUUUUUGGCAGGGAAAUUCCUUUAGGUUUGACCUAAUUACACAUUUCAAACACAUGAAUUGAUUCUGUGCCUUCAAUGAACCUCAAAAAGACUAGUGGUAGUGGCAUUGAUAUACAAUCUGUUUCUUGUCACAGUUGGAUUACGGUUUCUUUUAAUUAGAGUUGCCCAUGAAUCCACCACUUGUGAUUACGUAGUAACGCCUUUUAACCCAUUCUUUCAGUCCAAAUAACAAAUUGUCCUCCCGUUAAUUGCAUCAUUGAUGCGCUACCCAACGCACAAGUUGAGUGUAGGUUGCGCGUAAUUUACGAAUAACUUACAGAGAUAAGCGCGUCAUUGGCACGCAACUCGUCGUACGUACGUUGCAUGUCAAUGACACAAAGCAGGGCGGAUGUCAAUAUUGUGAUUUGGACAGAAGCUCUGGAAUUCGAAUUGGUAUUAUUAACCCUUUCGCUGGGAUUAUGUAUGGUCAUUCAUUGCAAUGAAAAUCUACUGCACUUAGCAUGUUGAAAUGAACUAUAAGUUACAAGUUGUUCAUCCAAUCUCAACCUCCCCCGACCCUUAUUUGGGCCAAACCGUGUCGUGCCAGAAACUAUAUUUACACCUGUACACGGCUAUCUGAGAUGAUUCACUGGUAAUUCGGACUUUCAUUGAAAGAAUAAUCUGAAACAUAGUUGGCACAAAGCAACUGUUGAGAUGGUCCCUUGGCCCUUAAAUAUUCGUAAACUAAAUUCUACUGACUCGUGAGAAAAUCCCAAGUCUGCAGACCGAUCUCAGGAUGCAUUUUUGGCUCGCCGUUCGUGAUUGCCCCUGUCCUGUCUUUUGACACAUUUUGAAAUUCCUUCAUUAUGCUAGAGCAUGACAGAGCAACAAGUUUUUUUGCUUGGCACAUGAGAAUGCUAGAUACUUUGCAGUUGAAUUUAAACCACAGGAACCUGUACCCCAGAGACCCAAAAAUCCCUGAGACCAGUAGACACCCCAGAGAACAUAUAAGAAGUAAAGAAAGCAGACUUUUGGAGAAAAUGACAAUACUGUCCUGAAAUGGUCUAUGCGGAGAUGCAAAGUGACCCGCAGAGCACCUAGUACAGCGAGGCAUGUUCUCUUACAAACAUACGACAUGUGUGACACCUAUAUGCAUUUGUCUUUCACUAUGACCCAUUUUUAUCCUGCUUCAAAACAAUCCUAAAUCCAAGCAAAAAUCAGGAAGAGCUGAAUCGACCGGUAUUUUCAUUGCUUGUUGGUGGUGGUUGAUUGAGGUGUGUAGUUGAAUGGUGGAAAAUUAGCAAGUAUUAGUACUUGCUUGAAUUAGUUGUACAAUUUGUUCUUUGCAUCAGUUCAUUGGCCAUUUUAGUAUUGCCGUUCCCCAAUGUUGACUUUCUUUACUUCUUCUCAGGGUUGUCUACUGGUCUCCGCGAUUCUUGAGGUCUCUGGGCAGCAGGUUCCUAUGGUUAAACAAGUGUUCUGAACAUUACCAAAACAUUUUUGACAAAGCAUGUUCAAUCCCACCAGAAAGUAAAUGUCCGCCUUAAAAUAAACCACAGAGAUAAAAAAAUACGAUAAUUGAAUGCAGAAAAUGCUAUAUUUCUGUAUUUUGUUGGUCAUGUAUCUGUUGUAUUUGGGUCCAGCUAAUCAUGUCUCUUCAUUAUGUAAGAGUCAAUUUUAAAAACGUCCAAAAAUUUACUUUUUGGCUCAGCAUGGGGAAGUCUAUAUAAUAAUGCAGUGUCCAGCGUCCGUCGUUGUCACCCAUCGUCCGUAUCCUGUUUCAAAAACCGUGGCACAUUUCUUAACCACUAGGGCUUUGAAUUUAAAACUUUGUACACAUGACCCCCAAGGUCAUGUGUACAAAGUGGAUGUGUACAAAGUACAAAGUACAAUGUGGACCUCUGACACUGAUCUUUGGUAUUAUUUCUAUGGUAGGUACUCCAAACAAGGAUUCAUCACAUGUCAUACGGGUUUUUGAUUUGACCUGCUUUUCAAUGUCACAGAGGUCAAAUGGUGCAAAUUGGCCAAGUAUAACUGGCACGUUUCUUAACCCCUAAAUUUAUCAAUUAGAAACUUGGUGCACCUGACCCCCUAGAUCAGUAAACCUCUUAUGACAAUUUCGGUCCAAACUGAUACUUGACUUGGCCAUCAUGCCAGGGAGCCAAAACUGACAAGGUAAAAAGUGCAAUAUCUCGCUUCUUAGCGACUUGUUUUCAAUAAUAUCUUUAUGGUAGGUACUUCAAGCAAGGAUACAUUACAUGUCUUGUAGGUUUUUAAUUUUACCUACUUUUCAAGGUCACAGAGGUCAAGUGGCAUGAAUUGGCCGUUGGAGUGUAACUAUGGCACGUUUCUUUACCAUUAAAGCUAUUAAUUAGCUAUUAACUUGAAAGUUAGUACACAUGAACUUCUCGGUCAGAUAACCUCCGUCACUGAAUUUCGGUCCAAUCUGAUUCUUUACUUGGCCACCAGGGAGCUGAAACUGAAACGGUAAAAAAUAUUAGACCAUAUCCUCAUCCCAUAGACUUCGUCCAUUGGUUGUACUCAGCCGUGACCUACUUCUUCUAAAUCAUGACUUGCAGAAGGCUGACAUUUGGCUAUAUGAUUCCUUAUAACCUACUAUCAUAAAAAAUCUGUCGAAGUCUCCCAUUGCACCCAACAUUUGGCCAUUUUUAGUGAUUUUUGUCAUUUUGGUGCCGUGCUGGUAAUGGCGCUACCGAUCGAAAAACUGGCUUCAACUUAAGAUUGAUCUGGCAGCCACGAGUGGCAGGGAGGCAGUUACUUGGAUUGGCCAUUUCCAAGAAAUAUCUCUUGAAUGAUCUAAACCUAAUCUAAAAGCAGCUACUGUGCUCUCGGACUGUAAAAUGUAUGCUAAUUUUCUGCUGAACAGUAUUCCCGUACUGAGAGUGUACAUAAUGUAUGGUGUCUUUCUGGAGACUCUGCUACUUGGUAUCUGCAUAAUUGAUGCUAGUGCACAUCAGUGUACAUCGAUUUUGCCGAUUGAAUGUCCUCAUUGGACAAAAACAGACUCGACCUUAUGCUUUUAAAAGCUUGGAGUGGUAUUAAAUUUGUUCUAAACAUAAUCAGAAGAAGGGAUUUUGGCAAUAUAGAAUGGCCAAAAAUAAAAUUGUGGCGCAUCCCUACGAAGUGUUUUGCUUUCUUUGCAGGACUUGCUUAAAACAUGUGCUGAUUUAUAUUGACCAUUACACAAGUCCCCCACUUUCCAGGAUGUGGUCUACAAUUUGCUGAUAAGCGAAUUGCCAAAUUCUACUUUUGAAGAUUAAUUGUAGUUCGCUACAAGCAAUUGUUUUUUUCAGACAGCUGGUGACCUUUGGGAACUCCCCCAUGACCAUGGUCAGCAAUCAUGCAGUCAGUAAGGGUCGAUAUAAAUAGGAUAAGAUUUAAUCUCUGUAACAACCUCCAACUUUUAAUCACACUCCGUAUAUGAAGUAACAAUCGGAUGGAUCGAGCAAAGCGUCUCGUUUCUGUUUAUUUUUGUUCGGGCAAUGUACGUGAGAAGUGAACAAAUCGCGACUAAGAGUAGGAACUUGCCGCUUACAUCAAUAACAAUACAGAACAAGCGGAAUAUUGAAGAAAGCUAUGAUAAGUUGUUUGCCACAGACAGAUGAUUUUUUCUUAACAAUCGGCUUUUUCAAGCUGUUAUUUAAUGUCUUGUUUAACAAAUUCUGUAACUAAUUGCCAUUCGAUAAUCCAUGAGUUUAGUACGAAGAUAUCCCAAAGGAAAUGGAUAGACAGAGUGCGGCACGCUGGUGAAUAUUUCUAGGAACUUCCAAGAAAUUCGCGUGCAGACUCCCCGAUCUUCAUACGGAACUACACCUUGGCCCCACGCCAUAUCUACCCCUGCCCCAUUCAUCCACCACUCCCCUCAUCCACAAACAGCAAGCCCCACCCAACCCCUCCGCACCUUACUAAAGCCUGAGACUCCAGAGUCUGGCAAGACACAACUGACAUUUCUAGUUGAUUCUAAUGUUACACCGUGUGAAAUUACGGCACUGGUCCCUCGACAUGACCCCAUCCCUAUCAAUGCACAGGUGACAUCAUCUGACCAUGUCUCCUGUUGAUUUGUCACAGUGUGGAAUUAAACUGCUGACAAUCAUUGUAUACCAACUCACCCGUGAAAAUAAAUGCAUGUGUAGGGUAUCAUUUAAAAGACUAAAUCAAGCUCUUUCUAAUGACAUGUUACACUUGAAAUAAAAUUUUGUAGUUUACUUUUAAUCGAUGAUACAAUGUGGGUAUACUUUUUUUAGACACCCUGCAUAUGGGGAAUAUGUAUUACAACAAUGUCAGACCAAGACAUGAAAAUUAGAGUGCAGAUUAUUCUUUUUGUAUUUCUGAUUCCCACCAAGAACUGUUUCAGCCAGAAAUCUAAGUAAAUAAGAUCUGAUAUUUCCCAAAAGGGCCAAAUGCUGUGUCGUAUUGAAAAUGCCUUGGAAUCAAUCAAAAGUGGCGGGCUGUAAUAUGUUUUCAUACGUGUACCGAGGGCAGAGCUUUUUGGCUUACUUGUUUUAUACAAAGAUCGAGCUUUUUUGCAUAGGGGAGAAAGGGGCGUGUCCGUCCCCUUUUUCAUUUUUGUCUCUAGCUCUCAACCAGUUCCCUCAAAUCAAGUGAUUUCUUUUCCAUAACAUAGCUAUAACUUAUAGCUUUGAACAAAAUUCUGUUUCAGACAUAUUGCCCUUGUAAUCUUUGAUCAAAAUGUAUUGGAAAAAAAUAGGCAUGGUAGGCGAACUCGCCCCGUGCUGGGGCGAGUUCGCCCCCUAGUGAGGCGAGUCCGCCGCUGCGCGGCUGACUCGCCCCAUAUACUGCAAAAAAGCCUUGAAGGACGUUAUAAAUGUUUUAUUUCAACUUUAACUUCAACUUUAAAGGUUUAAACAAUAGUAACAAUGUAUAAAACAGGAGCUCAUGAGCUGUCAGUCCCUAUAUUUUUGCAAUUAAGUAGACAUUGUCAUUUAAACUCUGUGUUAAGAUGCCCAGCUGACGGUAGGUGUACUCAACCCAAGUCCUGCAAAUGUCUCCAACUCCAAAUGUCAAACUGUAAACGUGUCUAAAACUCCAAAUGUAUCUAAAACUGUAAAUGUCGUUAACUGUAAAUGUCUCUAAAAUUUACUCUGUCUAAAACAAUUGAUUUAUGAGUACACCGUAUUAACCAACUCGGUAUAUCUGUCUAUGCCUGUUGGGAAUAUUAUGUGUAAACAUCA